CGCCAGUCUUGACAGGAACAGGAAUAGUGGUCCCUGCUCUAGUCUCAUCUGCAUUCAUCAACAAUAUAAUCAAGACCAAUUGACAACCACCAGGGGCCAGUACAAAAACACAAAGACAGAGCCAAGGUCAAGGAAAAAGAAGCACGAAGUACUUCAAGAAGACAGAAUCGGUUUGAGCGCGAAGGUACACACUUAUGCAGUCCUCAACAAAUAUCAUAGCUAACCAUUCCCCACAAGUGAGGCCAACGUCAGAAUCUACGGAAUUCAGGGCAUCAGGAUCUUAUUCCACCAGCCCUUCGCACAACGCAUCCGCGCAGACCGCACCUCCUAAAAGAUCUGCUGCCGAAGGAGAACACCAUCAGAGAACCCACUCGUCUGCCAUGGGACCAAUGGGCGCCAACGAGAAUCAUGGUCCCGUGAGAAGUAAGCCGACUCAACAGAGCGCGCCCCAAAAUCCUGACGGCCCAGGACCCAUACUCGCUCGCAAGUCAGAUUCACAUCAGGACAGAGGCAUGCGCGGGGGGUCACAGAACGAGACGGACCACGAUCAAGAUGAAGAGAUGGAGGAAAAUGAGGACGCUGAUCGCUAUGACUCAGAAGAGAACAUCGACGAGCUCAUGGAUGAGGCCGAGCUUGAAGAGGCCGAGGAAUCGUCGUUCUAUUCCCGUCCUGAUUCUCACCAGCAGAGGGGCUACCAGGAUCAGCCGUAUUCUCAGCAACAACAACAGCAGCAGGCGUCUGGACAUGGAUCCCGAUCAUUGCCCAACAUUUUGCCACGUCCGGGAUCAGGCAAAGAUCAAGCAGAAGGAGGUUCUGAUUAUCUUUACGACGGAGCAAGUCAUGAACGUGACCAUCCAGACGAGCAAAGGCACUCUUCCAUGUCCGUUUGGGACGCUAACGCUCCUCGCCAAGGUGCCCCUCGCAACAACCGACCGCUUCAAGCUCGACCGGCCCUAGGAGCGGAGAUGGGCGGCGCAUCUGACCCGAAUUACGAGGACAAUAACAGCAACGGCACGAGUCCAAGCAACGGAGCAUCCUCGGCAAAUGCUCCAAGCGCCGCCUUCCACAGUGUCAUUGUCAACAAUGGCAGCAGCAAAAAGAGGACGACCCCUGCGAAGCACAAGUGCCCUCAAUGCGACAAGUACUUUACUCGACCCUUCAAUUUGAAAUCUCAUCAGCGAACACACACACAGGAACGUCCAUUUGUUUGUUCCUUUGCACACUGGUAAGUGCCCUCUCCCUUCUCUCUUCUUGCUGUGUACUUGUGAGUAUAGACAUUUUUGACCGCGCACAGUGCAGAGACCGAUUGAAAAAAAAAAUGGGGGAGAUGGGCACAGCCGUUGGGGAGCGAAUGGCGGAGAGAUGGUGGGUGAGGAGCACGGGCAGCAAAGGAUGUGUUUACGGAAACUAUUGCGUGGUAGUGGUGAUUGUGCAUCGCAAUUU